AUGGCGAAGCACCGGAGUCGCCUUUCGAGGCAUACCUCGUGGAUCCUCGUGAGCACCCUGCUUUGCGCCGCUGCCUUCGUGACGUGUCAGCCGAGACGUCACGUGGCCAAGGAGCGCAGUCUCAUUGCAAGACAUGCGGCAGUGCUGGAAGCUAGCGGCGUGCGGGGGACCCACGACGAACUGCGCACCCUUUUCAAGAUCGAGGAGCUGACGAUCGAUCAGGGAAGGAAGGUGGCGGUGGUCGGGGCCAACGGCUGUGGGAAAUCCACCUUGCUCUCUGUUCUGGCCGGGAAGAACUCUCCCAAGGAGGGAGAAGUCGUCCUGCGAUCCGGCGCGCACGUGACCGUCGUCGAACAGAGCCCGAAGUUUGACUCCAAGAAGACGGUGCAGGACACCAUUUUCGAGAAGGCGAACUCCCCGCAGGCACAGGCUGCCCGGGAUUUCCGCGUGGCCACGGCGCUGGGCGACGUUAAUCUUCUUUCACUGGACUAA